GGCUGAAGGGUGAAAUAGGCCAACUUUUUUGUUUUGACUUGUAAAAAACCCGCUCGAUACCCACUCAGCUCAGAGAGAGAGAGGGCAAGUGGAAGCUGAAGCCUGCCGCGAAAAGCUCGGUCCUUCUUCGCGAUCCAAGCCUGUGUACUGGCCUCUUGAUUUUCCUUGGUUCGAUUUCUGAGCCCUAAAAAAUGCUUCCUCUUUCUUUGCUCAAGACUGCCCAAGGGCACCCUAUGUUGGUAGAACUGAAAAAUGGGGAGACUUACAAUGGGCAUUUGGUCAACUGUGAUACUUGGAUGAACAUCCAUCUUCGAGAAGUUAUUUGUACCUCCAAAGAUGGAGAUAGGUUUUGGAGAAUGCCUGAAUGCUACAUUCGUGGGAAUACUAUUAAGUACCUUAGAGUUCCCGAUGAGGUGAUUGACAAAGUCCAGGAAGAAACCAAGAAUCGUUCAGAUAGGAAACCACCUGGAGUAGGGCGUGGAAGAGGAAGAGGUAGGGAGGAUGGUCCUGGUGGACGACAGGCUAAAGGCAUUGGACGUGGCUUGGAUGAUGGUGCUAAAGGAGCUGGUGGAGGCCGAGGCAGAGGUGGACCUGGUGGGAAGGCCGGUGGAAGCAGAGGUGGGGGUCGAGGCCGAGCUUGAUUCAGCUUUAGAGAGUGAAACAAACAGCUAGAUGGGCAAUUUUGCUACUUUUAAAGGCAUUUAUUUAGCCCAACGCGUGUGUCAACUGCUGGGUUUUUGUCGUUGUAAGGAAGGCUUCUUAUCAUGGUAAUGCGAUUUAUAUGGAAUGGUUCUUUCAGUAAAAACGUAGCCGAUGUGUUUCUGUUCUGUAAGAAAUGUAUUUUGGUAUCCGUUUGGCGAGUUUGAAAAGUUGACGUUGACGAUACAUAUUCAUCUUUUCACUCUUA